AGUCUGAGGACAUGAAUACAGCGUAACCAAAAACAUAAGAACCCUAGGCUAUAUAUAAGAAGGGUGUGACUCUUCCUCCUCUUCUCGUUGUAAACCCUAGCGGCAGCAGCACCAGACAACAAUGGCGGAUGUUGAGGUUGAUGUCGCGGCGGCCGGAGGUGUCCCCAAGAAGAGAACGUUCAAGAAGUUCAGCUUCAGGGGUGUCGAUUUGGAUGCGCUUCUCGACAUGUCCACUGAUGAGCUUGUCAAGCUCUUCAGUGCCCGUGCUCGCAGAAGGUUCCAGAGAGGUCUCACCAGGAAGCCCAUGGCCUUGAUUAAGAAGCUUCGCAAAGCGAAAAGGGAGGCACCAGCUGGUGAGAAGCCAGAACCAGUGCGCACCCACCUCAGGAACAUGAUUAUUGUGCCAGAGAUGAUUGGCAGCAUUAUCGGGGUGUACAAUGGAAAGACUUUCAACCAGGUUGAGAUCAAACCUGAGAUGAUUGGCCAUUACCUUGCUGAGUUCUCUAUUUCAUACAAGCCUGUUAAGCACGGUAGGCCUGGUAUUGGUGCUACUCACUCUUCCAGGUUUAUUCCUCUCAAGUGAAGCUCUUCCUUGGAGGCCUCUUUUGUAGUUUGCAAUGGUUCUGAAGACCCCCUAGAAAAGAAAAACUUCUAUCAGAUUUUGUUAUGUUUUUCAUCUUUAAUUUUGAUUGCCAAGUAGCUUACAUUAAUGUGUUGCCCCCUGGAUUACCUUGAAUUAAUUUCAUAGUAACAACACUUUGCUUUGGAUUGUUAA